AUGAGCGAUAUCAACGGAAAGGCGCCUGUCAAUGGCAGUAAUGGGGCACAGCGUGGUGAUGAGCCGAUUAUCAAGGUUCAACCUCCCCGACGAGAGGAUCUUCAGCCCAGCUAUGCGAGGGUUAUCCAGCCUGAUGAUGCCGACGCUGAUACGAAUGGAUGGUACGGUGGUAUGAUCAACACGCUAGGUGGCUGCAUCGGUACUCUUGGUGCCAUCCCAUGCUGUAUCGUAUGCCCCAACCCCUACAAGCCAGUCAACCAAGGAAACGUCGGUCUUGUCACCAAAUUCGGCCGAUUCGCUCGCGCUGUCGAUCCUGGUCUCGUCUACGUGAACCCACUAUCCGAGCAACUCGUUCAAGUCGACAUCAAGAUCCAGAUCGUCGAAGUCCCCAAGCAAGUCUGCAUGACAAAGGACAACGUCUCCUUGCAAUUGACAUCUGUCAUCUACUACCGCAUUACUUCGCCUCACAAGGCCGCUUUCUCCAUUUCCAACAUCCGCCAGGCGCUCGUUGAGCGUACGCAGACGACGCUUCGCCAUGUUGUUGGUGCGCGUGUGCUCCAGGAUGUAAUUGAGCGUCGUGAGGAGAUUGCUCAGUCGAUCCGUGAGAUUAUCGAGGAGACGGCUCUCGGAUGGGGUGUCGAGGUUGAGUCCAUGCUUGUCAAGGACAUCAUCUUUAGCCAGGAUCUUCAGGAUUCGCUUUCCAUGGCUGCACAGAGCAAGCGUACCGGAGAAGCCAAGGUUAUUGCUGCACGCGCCGAGGUCGAGGCCGCCAAGUUGAUGCGUCAAGCUGCCGACAUUCUGUCUUCCGCUCCAGCUAUGCAGAUCAGAUACCUCGAAGCCAUGCAAGCCAUGGCCAAGAGUGCGAACAGCAAGGUCAUCUUCUUACCAGCACAAAACCAAACUGUCCAAAGCGCCCUCGCUCAGGCCGACUCCUACGGCGAAGGCCCAAGUUCCCACGGCGCCAGCAACCCAAUGGGUGUCCAGAGUUCCGCAGCACAGGAGUACGGCGGUAACAGCCAUGGUUUCCAGAGCGCUAUCAACUCGCAUGUUAUCGAGAACAUGUAA